AUGAACAACAACUGGCUUUCUUUCCCUCUUUCUCCUACUCAUUCUUCCUUACCAGCUAAUGAUCUUCAAGCAACCCAAUAUCAUCAAUUUUCUCUUGGGUUAGUGAACGAGAACAUGGAAAACCCUUUCCAAAAUCAUGAUUGGAGUCUGAUCAACACUCACAGCAGCAACGAAGUUCCAAAGGUUGCAGAUUUUCUUGGAGUGUGCAAGUCUGAAAAUCAGUCAGACCUUGCUGCCUUGAACGAAAUUCAGUCAAAUGAUUCAGAUUAUCUAUUCACAAAUAACAGUCUCGUGCCAAUGCAAAACCCAGUGGUGGACACACCUAGCAAUGAGUAUCAAGAAAAUGCAAAUAGUAAUUUGCAAUCGCUGACAUUAUCCAUGGGAAGUGGUAAGGAUUCGACAUGCGAAACCAGUGGUGAAAAUAGUACAAACACUGUUGAAGCUGUGCCUAGAAGAACUUUGGAUACAUUCGGGCAGAGAACAUCAAUAUAUCGUGGUGUAACACGACAUAGGUGGACUGGAAGGUAUGAAGCUCACCUUUGGGAUAAUAGCUGUAGAAGGGAAGGACAAUCGAGAAAAGGACGCCAAGUUUAUUUGGGUGGAUAUGAUAAAGAAGAGAAAGCAGCUAGGGCUUAUGAUUUAGCUGCACUGAAGUACUGGGGGACGUCCACCACUACUAACUUUCCAAUAAGCAACUAUGAGAAGGAAUUGGAUGAAAUGAAACACAUGACGAGACAAGAAUUUGUGGCCGCCAUUAGAAGGAAAAGCAGCGGUUUCUCGAGGGGUGCAUCAAUGUAUCGCGGAGUUACAAGGCAUCACCAACAUGGGAGAUGGCAAGCUAGGAUUGGCAGAGUCGCUGGAAACAAAGAUCUUUACUUAGGAACUUUCAGUACUGAGGAAGAGGCUGCAGAAGCUUACGACAUAGCAGCAAUUAAGUUCAGGGGUCUUAACGCUGUGACCAACUUUGACAUGAGUCGUUACGAUGUGAAAGCCAUUCUUGAAAGCAACACUCUCCCAAUAGGAGGAGGUGCUGCUAAACGAUUAAAGGAAGCUCAAGCUCUAGAAUCUUCGAGGAAACGUGAAGAGAUGAUUGCAUUGGGUUCAUCAACUUAUCAAUAUGGAAACUCUAGCUCUAGUAGGCUACAUGCUUAUCCUCUAAUGCAGCAUCAUCAAUUUGAACAACCUCAACCUUUGCUAACCUUACAAAACCAUGAUAUUGGUUCUCAUCACUUCUCUCAUCAAGACCCUUCACCAUUGCACCAAAGUUAUAUCCAAACACAGCUUCAGUUGCACCAGCAGAGUGGUGCUUCUUACAUUCAGAAUAGUGCUCAGUUCUACAACGGUUACCUUCAGAGCCACCCAUCAUUGCUUCAGGGAAUGAUGAACAUGGGUUCUUCUUCUUCUUCUUCAUCUCUGAUGGAAAAUAAUAAUAAUAGUAGUAAUAAUAAUGUUGGUGGGUUUAUAGGGAAUGGGUUUGGUAUGGCUUCAAAUGCAUCGUCGGGGAAUGCAGUCGGUUCAGCGGAGGAACUUGGGUUGGUUAAGGUUGAUUAUGACAUGCCCGCCGGAGGUUACGGUGGUUGGGCGGCGGCGGAGUCCAUGCAGACGUCGAAUGCUGGUGUGUUUACAAUGUGGAAUGACUGA